GUGAGAGAGGGAGAGAGAGAAUCAAAGGAUAAAUCCUUACUACAUAAUGAUUAGGACUCACAAGCCCUUCAUGUGACAUGGAGUGUAGAAGCCAGGAUUACAACAGGACAGAGUAAAGAGGCUGCAGGCAACACAGGGGGAAAGAGGGGCACAGGUGCAGGAAGAGGAAGGGGCACACGGGAACAACAAGUGCAUUGAACACGGCCACUAAAUGCUUCAAAGAUCCAUGCAACAACCUGCAUCAAGAGCGAUUUGCAACCUCACCUGCUGGCCUGCUGCUGCUGUCCCCUGCCUGGGCCAUCUGUCAGCGGGCGCUGGAGCUAGCGGUCCCAAGCCCAGCAUCUGGACAGCGCUGUGUCUUACUUAAUGGAGGGGCCAGUGUGCCGCUGGUUGCAGGGGGAGCAACCGGAGGCUCAGGUUAUCCUGCAGACUUUGUGAAUUCGGUGAGAAAUUGACAUAUAGUCGAUGAGUGUGUCAUCAAAAAGAUGGAGUACAUCUCUUUCUUUCACCUGGGCGAGACAGCAGUGGGCAGUGAGAGAAGGAAGAGCGGGCGCAGAGUCUUGACUGUCGGAAGAGGUGAAGAAUUUCACUGAAUCGAUCACUUGUUUUUUUAUAGGCUCUAACUUUGCGUCAUUGGGCCACUUCUGGGAUAUUUUUUCUUGGCCUGGAAGUGGAUACAGAUUAGAUGUGUUAUCAGAGGUGAGAGGCUGCUGAAGACCAGCCAAGACACAGCAAUUGCACACAUACACACACACACACAUACACACACAUACAUUCGGUAUGCUUCAUAACAAUGAGUACAUAUAUACACUCUCUGCCCUAUUGAGCACACACAUACUCACAUACACACAUAAGCACAAAGACACAGCACACCUUGCACAACACUCGGGGACUUGUUACCGUAACACACCUCUCUGGGGUUAGCUGUUCCAACUUCAAUCCUCACGCCUUACACUGGAAAUUAGCCUGUCACUACGGCCGUGGACUGCCUCAUUCGGGUUAUUUGUUGUUCCUUCUUUCCUCUGGCACCUGCUCUCUUCAAUCUCCCUCCAUCACUCUAUCCAUACUUCCACUCCUCCCCCCUCACCUCCCUUACCAGCAAGAGAUAAUGUGACCUUCUGCCAAAGUGCUGGAAACCAUGCCACCGUCGCAGCGGGCUCCUCUGUUGCUACUGAAAUAGACUCAAACAAGUGCCGAAAGGAAGGGAGCAGGGAGGAAGGGAGCGGAGGAGUGAGGGAAGGGAAAAAAAGAGAAGCAGGACAGCUGAAGCCACGGACACGGAAUGAGCCGUUGGGAGCCAGGGCUGGAUGCGGAUUGCCAACGCAGGCAGUAGGUGACUGAGAUGGGCGUUCGUCUAGGCCGCUUGAGCGACUCCCCAUGGUGGUGGCCGCUGCUGCUGCUCUGCACUGCCCCCUGGUGCCAAGGCCGGCCGUUCGCAACACCCUUGCCAGCAGUCAACGUGGCAGUGGUGUUCAGCGGCUCGGCCUACCAGCAGGAGAUCAAGGGGCGUCUCAGCAGGGAGAACUUCAUGGACCUGCCCUUGGAGGUGAACCCCAUCACAGUGCUGGUAAACAACACCAACCCUCGGACCCUGCUCACACGCAUCUGUGACACACUGGCGGCCAACCGCGUCCAUGGCGUGGUGUUCGAGGACAAUAUCGGCUCGGAAGCUGUGGCACAGAUCCUGGACUUCAUUGCACUGCAGACGGCCGUGCCCAUCGUGGGCAUCAGCGGGGGCUCCGCCAUGGUCCUGCCUCAUAAG